AUGCUGGAGACCUAUAGCAACCUCAUGUUCUUGGGGCUCUGUGUACCUAAACCAGAAUUGAUUGUGAGGCUGGAGCAAGGUUCAGAACCAUGGAUAAGAGAAGCCUCAGACAAGAAUUUCACAGCCGUGCUUCUAGAGUCUUCUGUUCAUUGUCAGCAGCAAGACAGAAUGAAUGGAUCUCUGAAGCUGAUGUCAUUUGAUGAUGUGGCUGUGGACUUCACCUGGAAGGAGUGGCAGGAUCUCGAUCCUGGUCAGAGGGCCCUUCAUAGAGAAGUGAUGCUGGAGACUUAUAGCAACCUAAUGUCCUUGGGGCACUGUGUUCCUAAACCUAUAUUGAUUGUGAAGCUGGAGCAAGGUGCAGAACCAUGGACAAGAGAAGGCUCAGAAGAGAAUUUCACAGGGAUAAGGAUAGAAAAGGUCACUGGCUGUCAGAGCAUGGGUGUUUUCAGUGAACCCGAUUCAACAAACCAUAGAACCAAAAUACUUGAAAAAUAUGCCACCUAUAGUAAACAUGCAGUCUUUGAAAAAACUGGCAUUAUCCUAAUAACAAUGCAGUAUAACAACUAUUCAAUACAGAGCAUUGGUAAUAACAGGUAUAUCAUAAAUCUGUAUAAUAAAAAUUUUAUGCUGAAAAGUAAAGUCUACAAAGACAUGGUUAAAAGGCCAAAGAAUGAUGAUAUCUUUAAUCUGUCGUUAUGA